GGCGGCUGUCUGCGAGCAGUCUGUCGAGCUUCCUGCAGCCGCACGCGCCAGUGCAGCCUGAGCUCACUCGCAUUCCAACGUGAGCGAGAUGUGAAGCUCGGCGAGGACUUUUCCCUUCAACGCUCUCCUAAAGUGUCUCCUGGGGCUUUUUUUGUUUUAUUUGGACGACCAACAUGUCCAACUUGAAGGAGUCCAGCGCCUGCCCGGACGGCUACCGGGCUCUGAGCACCGGCGAGCUGCGGGAGCUUUUACAAAACGACGACAAAAUGGAGCAAAUCAUUCGCCUCGACGAGAAGUUUCAGGAACUUCAAGUGGACAGGGAGAUGCUGCUGGCGUCCAAUAGGAGCGUGGCCGACGAGAGCCUGACUCGACGGCCCCGCCUUAAUAACGGCAAACUCCAGUUGGCGGAGAAAUACAAGCAACUGUCCAAGCUGGCGUCCACUUGUUAUGAAAAACACAGUCAACUUGGGACACGAGUCCAGAAGCACAGCCUGCAGACUGCACAGAACCUCCUGCAGGAAGAGGUGGCCCGUGCCGAGGAGCGAUCUGAGGAGCUGCUGGACAAGUUCAUGGAAGGGAACGUGAGCCUGGAUGAGUUCUUGGACUCCUUCCAGGGCUCCAGAAGGACUUAUCAUAUCCGGCGAGCACAAGCGGAGAAGAUGCAAGAGUUGAGCCGCGCCAAGAGGCAGGCGGGCAAAGGCAGCAAGGAGAAGGAGGAGACGGCGGCGAAGGUCCCGUCCGAGCGGCUCCUCCCGGACCCGCCGCGGCCCAACGGCCUGGUAGCGCAGGGACCUCUCCGGGUGUUCCAGGUGCGCUACGGACUCACGCCGGCCAUCCUCCUCCCGCAUUACCCCGCGUCUCCGCCCAACCACCAAAGCAGGACUCCCCCGCCGGAGCCUCACCAAGGACACGUACUCGCCUCCGGCGGCGCCCCGGGGCACAGACAACCGGUCGGCCUCAGGGUCAUCGGGCAGCUGCCGGGGGGCUGGCCGGCUCACGGGCGACCCGUGCGGCUGCAGCAGCUCUACAGGCCCAACCCCCAACAGCCCGAACCGCCAUUUCGAUAAUACCACAAACACCCGUUUUGAAAGGUCUGGGAUCGUAAGAAAGACGGGGGUCCGCUUCUUUCAUGUUACAAAAGAGCGACAGCGGCGAAAAUGGCGUUCUGUACAAACCCUCGUUUGACGCUCCUGAACGAGACAAAAGACGUCUUAUUUAUUGUCGCACACGUGACCAUCGACUGAAAAACCUCUCAGCUAUUUUUUAUUCUGGUUCAUAUUUAUUCCCGUACAUCCUGCUUUCGAUGGCCGCCUUCAAAGAUGCUGAAGAAAGAGCUGCUUCUCCUUUCAAGGCAGACGUUCUUGUUCCUUCCCUCCCCCUCAGAGCGGAGGAUUUAAAUCUCCACGGGAGAAAGUCAGACUUGUUAGCGGCGCUCCCGCAGCUUUUGGGAUUAUAAUAAUCGUCCAAUGUUAUUUUUUUUAUUUUUUUUUGAGGGGCGGUGCUUUGUUUGUUUUUCACACACAAAAAGUCGACUGUGUUGACAAACUUCUUGAAAAAUGUCUUUUCAGAGGCCAGUGCACACUUGCAUCAAUAAUGAUCAAGUUACACAUCUAAUUCAGGGGCCCCUUUGUGGCCCUCUACUUAAUUUCAUAGUUAAGGGCAGUGCUUCUCAAAUAGUGGGGCGGGGGGUGCGUGAGAAGGAAUAGCGUAGUAGUGUAUAUCUUGACACAUGCAGAUAAAUAAACAAACAUUCGCUUCAGGUGGGGGCGUGAAAAAAUUAUGUCCCCGAGAAAAAUGUGCGCAAGUUCCAAACAGACGCUUUAUUGUAGUGCUUCUUAAAUAAUGGUGUGGGCCCCCCUGUGAGGUGUCGGGGAAAGGGGGGGCGUUGGAGGCAAUAGCGUAAUAGCAUCAAAGAACUAUUGUGGCACACCCAGAUAAAAAAAUGUACAGUAAUUCCGGGGGAGUGUGAAAAAAUGCUGUCCCCUGGGGGCGGGCGGGUGACAAAAUAAUUAAGAACCACUGAUUUAGGGUAAUUGCGACGAAUAGGUACGUAUAUUUAUUCCACUAAAAUGAAGUACAACAGUGCAGACACAGAAAUGAUAGCACAACAAACGCUAAAUAAUGAGCUAAAUAAUAUUAUUUGAUAUUUUACGGUAACGUGUUAAUAAUUUCACACAUAAGUCGCUCCUGAGUAUAAGUCGCACCCCCGGCCAAACUAUGAAAAAAACUGCGACUUAUAGUCCGAAAAAUACGGUAUACAUACAUACAUAUACACGUUAGGUCAGAAAAAACACAGAGGCUAUAUCAUCCCUACAAACCUGUUUUGCAGGUAGUUUUUUAGUACAUAAUUUAGAAAAAUUUUAAUCAUUGAAGAUGUAAUGUAAAAUUCU